UCCACGAUGUACGCACGCACGUACCGUUGACCGCCGCUCUCUCUGGGCUGGUACAGUAGCAGCUUUAGUAGCUUCCAUGGCGACCAGCUGGAUAUGAAGGUUUUUCUCCUCUCGAACAGCCGGUUAGCUCCCGUUAGAAGGGCUAACGGGCGUCUCGCGAAAACGGGAUGAUGUAGCGGAAUAACUCCCGGGACGACCUGCGCAGUACGGUAGCAGAAACUAGUGGGAGAGGAGGCUAACGGCUCGAAGCUAACGCAGGAUGGGGAGUGUGAGGGAAACCGAGCACGGGGCGCUUUCAACUUCACCGACACCGCAGGGGGCGACGUUACUGGACGCGACCGGGGACGGUAACCCCGCGAAGCCAAGCGGAUUACCGCCGCAGUCCGCCGGGAAGAGACCCUCCAUCGUGGAGGAUGAGGGCGGCGGCGGCGGCGGCGGCGCAGAGGCGAAACUCUUCGGAAAGGGACUCGCGGCCACCUCCCUUCUCCAGAUCGCGAUCAGGAACGGGAUUUAUCAGAACCAAGUUGCCAACGCGAUCGGCGGAGCGGCCAAGAACAUGAACAUGCCCGCCAACAUUUACAGCCUGACGGCGUCGACGGCCGGGAGCACCGCUUCGGUCAACUCUUUGCUGAGCAGGAGGCGGCACAGGCACAAGCGGAAUCUGUCCCUGGGGGCUCCGCCGAGCACCAGCCCGGCCGGGGCGUCCUCCGGCGAGGCGGCCGGCCCCGGUCCCGGCCCCGGCCCCGCUCCCUCCGCCUCCGCCUCCGCCUCGCCCCUGAGCACCCUCAGCCUGGACAGGAAGACGUUCCUCCGGCAGAAGCAGUCGAAGCAGCUCCAGGCCUCGGACAAAACGUGGGUGAGAUCGGACCUGCGACGCGGCUGCAUUCACGUCCACGACUGGCUCACGCCCUCCUACCCGCGGCCCGUGCUGUGCACCGUGGACACCACGGCCGAGGAGGUGGCCGGUAAGCUGGAGGGCAGCAAAGCCGGCUCCGUGUUGAGAAUUAACUGCAAACCCGCUGCUUUAGUUGACUUAAAUGAUCUUUGCAAAGACACCAAUGGGCACGCUGAUGACAGCAGAAGUGACAAAACUGAGGAGAGUGACUCAAAACCGUGUUAUACCGACAUUAAACUGCCUUCCAACUUCCUGCAUGACGACAAAACUGCAAGCAACUCCUCGUCUGAGAUCUACCUGAAUGACAUUGGGGUGGAUGUGAGCCUGAGCGCCUCUGAUUGCUACGGGGUGUACUCGGGCUCGGAUAUGGAGAGCAGCACCUGUGAGGACUUCAGCCCAGGUGGACCCAGGAGCACGGGACGCCGGGACUCCCUCAGCGACGGGCCGGGUCCGGGCACCGACUCCUCUCUGUCCGUGCUGAGCCCAAACUGUGACAGCGCCGCUGAAGAAGAACCCGACCCGUUUGAGAGCUCCUCGGACGAGGUCGACCUCGCCUCUUCCCCGACACAUUCGGCAUCUGCUGCAGACCAGCAAGCCCCCCAGCCGCCUCCCAGCACAAAACCGGAGAAGGACAGCGAACCCGGGGCUGGGGACAACGUGGACACCCCCAAAUUAAUCAAACCUGCCUCCAAGUGCUCCAGCAGCUCUCAGACUAGACCCCUGACCAGCCAAGCAUCUGUCCAGCCUGACCCGGAGGUCCCGGGGGUGGGGUGCGGAGGAUGGUCCGGGCCCAUCAACACCAACCCGACCCCGGCCCUCUACAUCCAGCUGCACGGUGGAGCCGUGCGGCGGCUGGGAGAUGAUGAAAAGCCCCUGCAGAUCUUGAACGAGUACCUCACUAAUCUCGGGUUCGAAGAUGCGUGGCGGGUGCAGGAGGAGGCGAUGAAUCCAGAAAUCGGCUGCCUUAUCCGCUUCUACUUCGGUAAACCUCGCAGCGUGGGCGGCUCUGAGCGCGUGCAGCUCUCCGGCGUGUUCAACGUGCGCAAAGGGAAGCUGGCGCUGCCCGUCAACCGCUGGUCCAGACGCCAGGUCACCCUGAGCGGCACCUGCCUCAUCGUGUCGUCCGUCAAACACGCCCACACGGGCAAGAUGCACAUCCUGCCUCUGAUCGGAGGAAAGGUGGAGGAGGUGAAGCGACACAGUCACUGCCUGGCGUUCAGCUCGGCCGGCCCUCAGAGUCAGACCUACUACGUCAGCUACGACUCGUACACGGAGCAUCUCCGCUGGCACAGGACGGCCUCAAAGAUUGCCUCCCAGAGGGUGAACUCGGUCGACCUGUCGUGCUGCAGCCUGGAGGAGCUGCCCGCUCAGCUGUUCUACAGCCAAGAUCUUUCGCACCUCAACCUCAAAAACAACUUCAUGUCCCCGCACAGAGGCGUCCCAGCGCUCACCAGGUUUUGUAAACUGAGAAGCCUCAGUUUGUCUAAUAACGCCCUGUCCGAGUUUCCUCUGGCCCUGUGCGACAUCUCCUUUCUCACGGAGUUGAACCUGUCUGGAAACCGCCUCUGCUCUCUGCCCGCAGAAGUCGGGACGAUGCACAACCUGCAGACUCUCCUCCUGGACGGUAACUUCCUGACUUCUCUGCCCGUGGAGCUGGGCUCUCUGGAGGCUCUGACCUACCUGGGCUUGUCCUUCAACUGCUUCAGCUGCGUCCCUCCCGUCCUGGAGAAGCUCCGCGGCAUGGAGAGGCUGUGUCUGGCAGGGAACCAGCUCUCCGUCCUGGAUAUGGGCGGACUGCAGUGGCUGCCUGCUCGCUACGUAGACCUGAGGCUGAACCGGCUUGAAAAGGUGACGUUGGCCGAUGCAGAGCAGCUUGUCCACAUCGUCCACCUGGACCUGAGAGACACUGGUCUGCAGGAGCUGGACGUCACGUCUCUGAGGAAGCUGGAGCUCCUCCGCUGUGACAGAAACUCCCUGUCGCUCCUCAGAGUCGGCGGCCACGCCCUCAAGAGCCUGCACGCCGCGCACAACGAGCUGAAGCAGCUGGAGGUGGAGCCGGUGCCAGAGAGUCUCACCGUUCUGGAUCUGUCCUGGAACAAGCUGGGAUGUGUCCCAGACUGGGUGUGUGACAGCAGCCGACUGGAGGUGCUAGACGUCAGCCACAACUGUGUCUCCGAGCUGCCUUUACAGCUGCUGUCCAGCAGGAGCCUCCGGAAGCUGCUGGCGGGCUGGAACCACGUGUGUCGUCUGGCCGAGCGUCUGGAGAGGUCUCAGCUCGAAGUCCUGGACGUCCAGCACAACCACGUGACCGAGCUGCCGCACAACCUGUUCGUCAAGGCGCAGAGCCUGCGGUACCUGAACGCCUCGGCCAACAAGCUGGAGAACCUCCCGGCGGGCGGCCCGUCGGAGGACGCCUCCAGCAGCCUGGAGGAGCUCUACGUCACCAACAACAGCCUGACGGACAAAUGCAUCCCGCUCCUGACGGGACACGGUCACCUCAGGGUGCUUCACCUCGCCUACAACCAGCUGCAGACCUUCACUGCCAGUAAACUGGCUCGUCUGGAGCAGCUGGAGGAGCUGGACCUGAGCGGCAACAGACUGAGAGCUGUGCCCACCACCAUCCUCAACUGUCAGCGCCUGCACACGUUGUCCGCCCACUCCAACUGCAUCAACGCCUUCCCCGAGGUCCUGCAGCUGCCCGAGAUUAAGUGUGUUGAUCUGAGCUGCAACGAGCUGACCGAGGUCACUCUGCCGGAGACGCUUCCUCCGAAACUCCUGGAGCUCGACCUGACGGGAAACCCUCGACUCAACCUGGACCACAAGAGCCUGGAGCUGCUGAACAACAUCCGAUGUUUCCGGGUGGAUCCAUCUCCUUCGGCCCCUUGUGUGAGCGAGAGCCACGGGGCCCCUGCCGUCUGGAGCCACAGCUACACCGAGGCUUCCGGAGUCAAAAACAAGCUGUGCGUGGCGGCUCUGGCCCUGGACAGCUUCUGUGGGAUCCGUGAAGCUCUGUACGGAGUUUUUGACGGAGACAGGAACGUGGAGGUGCCUUACCUGCUGCAAUGCACCAUGGGAGACGUGCUAGCGGAGGAGCUCCACCGGGGCCAGAGGCAGGAGGACUACAUGACCAACACUUUCCUCACGAUGCAAAGGAAACUGGGCACGGCCGGUCAGAGGAUGGGCGGCUCCGCGGCUCUAUGCCACAUCAGACACGAGCCGGUGGCCCCCAGCGAGCACGGCGGCUGCUUCACCCUCACGGCCGCCAACGUCGGCAGGUGCCGGGCCGUCCUGUGCCGAGACGGCGAAGCUAUGCAACUCUCCGCCAUCCACACCGUCAAGGAGGAGCCCGAGUACCAGAGGGUCCGGCAGCACAACGCCAUCAUCACCGAGGACAACAAAGUCAGCGGUGUCACCGACUCCACCAGAAUCCUGGGCUACUCCUUCCUGUGUCCGUCCGUGACUCCCCGCCCGCACGUCUCCACGGUGACGCUCACCCCGCAGGACGAGUUUUUCCUCCUGGGCAGCCGGGGAUUGUGGGACAUGCUGUCCCCCGGCGAGGCGGUGGAGGCGGUGAGGAACGUUCCCGACGCCCUGGCGGCGGCCAAGAAGCUGGUGACGCUGGCCCAGAGCUACGGCUGCUCCGACAGCCUCAGCGCCGUUGUGGUGCGGCUCAGCAUCACCGAGGACUGCUGCUGCUUCUGCGAGCCGCCGCCGCCGCCGCCCAGCCCCGGCCUCGGCUCCCACCCGUACUCGGCGGGAGGCGACGGCGGGAUGCCGCUGCCGCCCGCCUCCUCCGGGACGGUGAGCGAGCUGAGCAGCGAGUUCAGCACGUCGGAGAUGAGCAGCGAGGUGGGGUCCACGGCGUCCUCGGAGGAGCCGCCGCCGCAGGCCGAGCCCCUCGCCUCCCACCUCAACGCCCCGGGGCGAGUCGGCGGCCGGCGGCCGGCCUGCGGGGGGGGGGGCUUCCAGAGGCAGUUCUCGGGCGCUCUGUCCGACAACGGCCUGGACAGCGAGGACGAGGAGCCCAUCGCCGGCGUCUUCUCCAACGGCAGCCGCGUGGAGGUGGAGGCCGACGUCCACUUUCUGCACCGGCGAGACUGCGCCCACGCUCAGCCGAGCACAAACCACCAUCCUCCUCCCCCCGCCGUCACUUUGCGCAACGAGCCUUUACCUCCCGCCUUCACCUCCCCGUCCCCGACUCCCUCCCCCUUGCCUCCCUCGUCUCCCUGCCUCGGCGGGGAGUCUCGGUCGGGGACGCUCGGCCGCAGGGGCCGGGCCAACGGCUCGGUGGCGUGCCAAGGGAGGAGCCAGGACGUCAUCGAGGAGGCGGGCGACGCCCCCAUCAGGAAACAAGGGGGUUACUUCAACGCCCCCGCUCAGCCGGACCCCGACGACCAGCUCAUCAUCCCCCCGGAGCUGGAGGAGGAAGUCAGACAGAUCAUCCAGCAGCAGCAGCAGCAGGAACAGAUGCAGACACACAACCAGCAAACGCACAACUACCAGAAACCCGCAGACUAUUUUGUUACUCCUCUCUAACAGCUGGACACUCCGUCGUGCAGGAUCCCAGAUUUAGUUUCAGGUCAAAACACGGAAUCUGUUUCACUCCCAAACCUCAUAAUUAUUCUGAACGUACACUUCUGGACCACAGACUGUUUUUUUUUUUUUUUUUUGUUAUAUAUUUUAUUUUCUACCGUUUAAACUCAACGCCCCCCUUUGAAACGCGAUGCAAUUUUUAGAUCACUUCCAUGUUGAUUUAUUUCUUCACGUGUAAUUGAUUUUUACCAUAUCUUUAAUUAGAAGAAGAAGCACUUUGGCUGCUUUUUUUUUUUAUUAUUAGACCUCUGUGAUUAACUGUACGUUAAAAAGGUACCGCUCUGUUUUUCGUGUCGUAGCUGACAGUUCCCCUGCUGGUCACAGUUGUCGGAGUUAGUAAAAACUGUUUAACUAACUCCUAGGAGUUUCAUACUUUAAAGUGACCUAGUCACUGACGCGUACUAAUGUUCUCUGAGAGAAAAGAUGAUUAUUUCUGAAGGCUGAUGUUUCCGGGCGAGUGUCGUCGGGGGCGUACAGAGUCCUAGAGUUUUGCUGCAGUGGUUUUUACCAGCUCAAUGAAUGUUCUCAGAAAAAGUGUUACAGACUUCUUGGCAACAGCGAAACCGCACAAGAGAGCUACUUUUGCUAUAUAAUAAAAGUUUUCAGAUAACCACA